CGACGGUUCUGGGGAUGCCAAGACACCGUCUUAUAUAUACAGGUUGGGGAGAGGAUUCACUAGUGGCUGGUUUGCUGUGCCGCGUGGCUCCUGCAAAAAGCCCCACGGAGCUGUGUCACACACACACACAGGUGAUGGUUUACUGCGAUGUCUGUUCCCGGGCCACGCAAGCACGGACUUUGCGACAGUAAUUGUUGCUGGUCCAUUUGUCCCUCCCCCUGCCUGGGCGAUUUCUGCAAAACCGUGCGAGAUAGCAAAGUCGACAGGCCCUGGGACAAUGGUCGGCCCUUGAACUCCACAAUAAAGCUUGUUCUCUGGGGCGGGCGUGGCGCGCGCCGAUCCGACUUACUACGCCCC